AUGGCAGACAUCAAGUACUCAGAUCGCAGCAUCCCUAAGAUCUCACUGCAUGACUUUGACGAGCGGAUAGAUGAGAUUACGGCCAAGCUCGUCGAAGCGUCGGAAACUGACGGUUUCUUCGCGCUGGUCAAUCAUGGCAUAUCAACAGAAGAGAUCGAGACACAAUUUGAAGCUGCCGAGCGCUUCUUCUCUCUACCAGACGAUGUGAAAGCCACGGUGCCCUUCUCUCACAAGAACACAGGAUGGGAGAAAGCGGCUCAGAUUCGCCCCAGCACCGGUGUCGCAGAUCAAAAAGAGUCGUACCAGAUGCAGUAUGGGGAGAUGAUGGAGGGUAUGUGGCUGCCAGAAGAGACACUCCCAGGAUUUAGGGAUCGGAGUCUGGAGUUUAUGCGCAAGGUUCAGACAGUAUCGGAGAAGCUCAUGGUGUGCUUCGCCAAAGGUCUGGGCUUUCCGGAUAACUACUUCAUCCAAGCGCACGACAUCUCGAGGCCGAAUAUACAGACAGUACUUAGAGCUCUCCACUACUUCCCAGUUGAUCCGACAGUGCCGACGCCGAGAAACUACUACCGGGCUGGAGCGCAUGCGGACUGGGAUCUCUUGACAUUGCUCUUCCAAAGGCCAGGUCAGAGUGGAUUAGAGAUCUGCCCGGGGAGAGAAGUCCAUACUGCAUUCGGGCUUGGCGACACAUGGACAAAAGUCGAGCCUACAGCCGGAGAGAUUGUCUGUAACAUUGGUGACCUGUUGAUGUCGUGGAGUGACGACCGAUUCAAAUCGACGUUCCACCGUGUCAAAACACCGACUGACCCAGAAGUCGACUACUACGGCCCGAGGUACAGUAUGGCAUAUUUCAACCAGCCAUGCACAGACUGCCAGAUUCAGGGCCCAUCGAAGAAGUACCCCAUGGUCACUGGAUCACAGUUCACAGAAGCUGCCAUGAAGCGAAAUUUCGCAGCUCUCGAAGCCAAGAAAGAGUUAAACAAGUUAGAAGAGAUGAAAAGAAAGCCGGUAUGUGCAAUAUAG